AUGACUUCGUCCAACGCCGGCCAAAAUGGCCUGGCGCCUGUGCCGACUACGCCGCCGCCCAAGAACAAGACGACGCCAACACCCGGCCGACCUGACCCCGACGACCACAACACGACCACGAACACGACCGCGACCGCCGCCGCCACCGCUGCCGAUCAGCAGCAGCCGCGCGCCGACGCAUCCAAUACCGCCCAGCAAUCCAACGACGACACGUCGAACAACCGCCAAUCAACACCGGGAGCAGCCGACGCCGUGAUGACCGACGCCGACGCCAAUAGCGCUCCGCCUGCGACAAUGUCGCACCCGGCUUCAGCCGCUCAGAUGGACGCCGACCCUUUCACCUCGUCCUUCCCACACACCCCAAUGCCGAACAUGGACCACGCCUACAUGAUGAUGGCUCUCGCGCACAUGGCCGGCAAUCAGAUGUCCAACCAGAUGUCACCGCCCCCGACCGUCACGCCAGCCCAGGUCACCCUCCCCAGCACCAUGGGCAACGGCAACGACCCCCUCGUCGCAAGCACACACAAUCUCGCUGCCGCGACACAAGGCCUCGAAUCCUUCGCGCGGAUAGAGUUCGCCGACAGUGUCUUCCAGAUGACCACCUACGCCGUUAUCAUCGGCCGUGAUCAAAAGGCUCUGAUGCAGGCCAAGAGAGACGAGAAGUAUCGGAAGAAGGCCGAAGAAUACGAACGCGACGGGCUGCCGCCUCCAGAACCCUUUAACCAGAGGAAGUUCAGCAAGUCGUACGUCAGUGAGGAGGGAGGCAUGCUGGGACCCGAGUCCGACAGCGAGGGCGACGGCCGCCCGGCCAAGCGCCGCAAGACCACCAGCACCGGGUCUUCGCAGAGGCCGGAAGAAGACGAGGCGGACGAGAAUUUCAUUUCCAAUCGUCAGUAUGUCUCGCACACACCCGGCGCAGCAGCCGUGGACCUGGCUUCGUUGCGACCCUCUCCUCAUCACGUUCCGUUCAUCGGCAUCCACUCGCCAGGACCCGACAUAGCGAAAAAGACAAAGGCCAUCUCAAGGGAACACUUGAAGAUCCAGUUCAACAAGGAACAAGGGGUCUUCGAGGCCAUUCCGCUUCACAAGAACGGUUUCUUCAUCGACGACGUACACCACAAGGAGGGCGUCGCCGUAUUGCGCAGUGGCGACCAAUUACAGAUCAAAGACGUCGACUUCCGCUUCGUGAUCAAUGGCGUCCCAGAAGGCCGGACGGGCGCCGAAGAAUAUCUGGAGGAGGACAAACUCAAGAAGAAGAAGCAGACAGGUGGAAAGGAGAUGAGCUUCGAGUUUGAGGCGUCGCACGGCAACGGUCUGGAUGAUACAAGCGAUUCAUCUCUCAGCUCGCCAGCGCCCUCCGAUGCAGGCCUGUCUGACAUCGAAAUGGAAGGAGAUGGCGCAUCUUCUGAUGGGGCAGGGGCACCACUGGGCUACCCGAACAAGAAGCGGGGGCCUGGCAGACCACCGAAGAAUGGCUUCAUGUCCAAGCGAGAGCAACGGCUGCUCAAAAAGGCACAGCAGGAGAUGGCGAAGAAGACGUUACCACAGCCACCUCCCGGAGAGCCGCCCAUCAAGAGGAAGGUCGGGCGCCCGCGCAAGCAUCCCUUACCAGAAGAAGGGGGCGAUCGGCCCGAGAAGCGCAAGUACAAGCCCCGGAAGCCCAAGGGCGAAGAUGGCGCAGAAGGGUCAGACGCCGAAAGACGGGCCAAAGAGAAAAAGGAGAAGAAGGUCCGGCCCAAGUCGCCGCCCCUGGAACUCAAGAUCGAGGAUUACACCGAGGAACAGCUCCAGAAGCCGAACAAGAACUACGGAGUGCUCAUCGACGAGACCCUCACUGCAGCAGGGCCCGACGGCCUCACGCUCAAACAGAUUUACAAACGGAUUACUCAGAGAUACCCCUGGUUCUACUUCCACACAGAGACGAAGGGCUGGGAAUCCAGUGUACGGCACAACCUCAUUGGGAACGAGGCUUUCAAAAAGGACGACACGACAGGCUUGUGGUCGAGAGUGCCCGGUGUCGAGCUCGACGCCGGCAAGAAACGCAAGGCCUCCUCGCCAGAUCGGUCCGUGAGUGCGGGCUACGGCCACUACAAUCACCCGAUGUACACUCAGUACGCCCAGCAGCAAGGCCAUAUGCCUCCUGGCUACCAACACCUGCCGCACAAUUACCACGCGCAAGCCUACGCCGGACAACAAGCUCAAGCAGCAGCAAGAACACCUCAGUACUCGCCUCCAGGCGCUACGCCGACCCCUGGUCAGCCCGCGCCACCAGUGGCCUCCCAGCCAGUUGCACCAGCAACACUCCCUGGCUACGGGGCCGCUGCUGCCAUUGCCCGGCCUCAAGGCGUGGCAGGGCAGCCGUCUACGUACAGUUCACCAUAUGCGUCAAGGCCGCCUCCUACCCACCCGGCUGUCAAGACCGAAGACAGCGCCGCCUCAACAUCAGCACCGCUCACAACACAACCUGCUCCGGCCGCCAUCCCUGGAGCGCAACCACCACAGAUACCCACUGCUGCACCACAGCAAGCUCGACCCGCUCCCACACCACCAGCGCAAGCCGAACCCCGCCCCGUCAUUCAGCCUAGACUGCUGUCUGCUGUCAAUGGCUUAAAGAACGGCCUCAUUGAAAACCUAAAGAAGGCGAAGAACCCCAAGGCCGAAGCCAUCGUCAUGUCCGCCCUCAACCGCUGUCUGGGGCUCAAGAACGCGGCCACCGAAAACCAGACCAUGGAGGAUAUCUGCAUGAAGGGCAUACAGAAACUCCUGGACGGCUUCUCCACGCGGAGCAACACGCCCGGAUCAGGAGGCACGCCAACCCCGACCGGACCUAGUAACGUCUUCGACCCCAAGGUCUUCAACGCGCUGGUCGGUUUCAAGAACGUCUCGUCAAACGCCCUCAAGGUGAGAAUUGGCGAGGGCAAGGCCGAAGCCGUUACUUUGUCUGCCAUUGACCGGGUACUGGGCCUGGCAGACGCGAGCAUCGUACCGCCGCCUGCGGAGGCCAGCACCUCGGGAUCGCCAGCGGCGGGUUUUGACGGGAUCGAGUCGCACUUGAUGAACUCGGUGAAGCAACUCUUGUUGGGUCUCAACCAGAAGCUGCACGGAACAUAG